UCGACCCCAGCCUGGGCGUGGCGGAGCUCCCCGAUGAGUUUUUCGAGGAGGACAACGUGCUGAGCAUGGGCAAGAAGAUGAUGCAGGAGGCCAUGAGCGCCUUCCCCGGCAUCGACGAGGCCAUGAGCUACGCCGAGGUCAUGAGGUUGGUGAAGGGGAUGAAUUUCUCGGUGGUGGUGUUCGACACGGCGCCCACCGGGCACACGCUGCGGCUCCUCAACUUCCCCACCAUCGUGGAGCGCGGGCUGGGCCGCCUGAUGCAGAUCAAGAACCAGAUCAGCCCCUUCAUCUCGCAG